CACCAGCGCAGGAAUACACAGAGCAAAGCACAGAGAUACCAUGAGACACCUGCGCACUGCCAACAACAUACUCCGCAGCAGCGCGGUCAGCGGGACACCGCUAAGGACCACUUCGUCCUUGCUCCAAAACCAGAGGCCGUUGUUGGACCAGCCCACACUCUCCUCCCACUCCGUUGCCGGCGCCAUCGCCGUCACCCGCAACGCACCAUGGAACGGCCCGCUAGCCCGUCCAUUCUCCCACACGGCAACAUGCCAAAAAAAGAAAGGCGGCAAGAAAAACCACAACAGCGACAGCCCCGCCGACAACAAUAGCGCCGCCGAACCCACCCCCUCCUCAGGCGGCGCCGGGGCGGAAGCGGACGGCGUCAACCCCUUCGACUUCACCGACCUCCAAAACGCCUUCGACCGCGCCGAGUCGCACUUCAGCGAGGAGCUAAAAAAACUCCGCAGCGGCGGCCGCUUCAACGCCGAGGUGAUCGGCGCGAUCCCGGUGCAACCGGACAAGAAACAACCGGCCCAGACCUUCCCGCUCCGCGAGCUGGCCACGGUGGCGCCGCUCGGCGGGCGGCGGUGGUCGAUCCUGGCGUUCGAGGAGGGGUCCGUCAAGCCCAUCGUGAGCGCGGUGCAGCGGUCGCCCGAGUUCAACCAGCAGCCGCAGCGCAGCGCCGACAACCCGCUGGAGCUGACCAUGACGGUCGAGCCCGAGCGCGCCGACGCGCUGGCCCGCCGCGCCAAGGAGGUCUGCCAGGCCUGGCGGGUGCGCGUGCGCGACGACGCGCAUCGCCGGGCCGUGCAGCACAAGAAGUGGCGCGGGGAAGGGGUGGUGUUGAGUGAUGAUGCGCAUAAGCUCAAGGAUAAGCUGCAGAAGCUGCAGGAUGAGCGGAUGAAGGGUAUUCUGGCGAAGGAGAAGGAGGUUAUAGCGGCUGUUAUGGCGCGGGCGAGCUGAGAGGUGGAAGGCAACCUGCUGGUGAUGGAGCAUAAGGAGAUAGAUUCCCCCGGCAACGUGGAAGAUGGAAU